AUGACGGCGGCCCCUUGCAAUAAGAAAGCGUCGUUGUGCCAUCGACGUAUAUAAGAAAAUUCCGCCAUAGUUUUUCUUUCUUUGUAAUAAUGUCCGCUGACAACGAUAAUAGAGACAAUGGCCCAGAGGGCAUGGAGCCAGAUGGCAUCAUUGAGAGCAACUGGCAUGAAAUUGUUGAUGGUUUUGAUGAGAUGAGCCUGCGUGAGGAUCUGCUCCGGGGAAUUUAUGCCUACGGUUUCGAGAAGCCUUCUGCCAUCCAGCAGAGAGCCAUUCUUCCUUGUAUCAAGGGUUAUGAUGUGAUUGCUCAGGCCCAGUCUGGAACUGGAAAGACUGCCACCUUUGCCAUUUCCAUUCUCCAGCAGAUCAACAUGUCCCUGAAGGGCACCCAGGCUCUGGUAUUGGCCCCUACCAGGGAGCUGGCUCAACAGAUUCAGAAAGUGGUGUUGGCUCUAGGCGACUACAUUGGCUCCAGCUGCUACGCCUGCAUUGGAGGAACAAGCAUUCGAAGCGAAGUCCAGAAGCUGCAGGCAGAGUCCCCCCACAUCGUGGUGGGUACCCCAGGCCGAGUCUUUGACAUGUUGACCCGCAAAAACCUCUCUUCCAAACACAUCAGGAUGUUUGUGCUGGACGAGGCCGACGAAAUGCUCAGUCGAGGCUUCAAAGACCAGAUCUACGAGAUCUUCCAAAAACUGCCGUCCAACACGCAGGUUGUCUUACUUUCGGCCACCAUGCCAGCCGACGUCUUAGAGGUCACAAAGAAGUUCAUGCGUGAGCCCAUUCGUAUCCUUGUCAAGAAGGAAGAGCUGACCCUGGAGGGUAUUCGCCAGUUCUACGUCAACGUGGAGAAAGAGGAGUGGAAGCUGGAAACGCUGUGCGAUCUCUAUGAAACCCUGACUAUUACGCAAGCCGUCAUCUUCAUCAACACCAGGAGGAAAGUGGACUGGCUCACAGAAAAGAUGCACUCAAAGGACUUCACCGUGUCUGCUAUGCAUGGUGAUAUGGACCAGAAAGAGAGAGACUUAAUCAUGAGGGAAUUCCGUUCAGGCUCGAGUCGAGUCCUCAUCACCACGGACCUUCUGGCUCGCGGUAUCGAUGUGCAGCAGGUAUCGCUCGUCAUCAACUAUGACCUUCCGACCAACCGGGAGAACUACAUCCACAGGAUUGGCCGUGGUGGUCGUUUUGGUCGUAAGGGCGUCGCCAUCAACAUGGUGACCGAGGAUGAUAAACGCACACUGCGGGACAUCGAGACCUUCUAUAACACCACCAUCGAGGAGAUGCCCAUGAAUGUGGCCGAUCUUAUCUAAAAAAACCAAAAACAGAUUUAUCGAUUUGCCCCUUCAUUUAAAAGAAAAACAAAACUCCGCUUGACCGUUUCCUUUCCCUGGGAAGGAAGCCUAUAUAUAAAGACGUUCCAAUCCAAUCAGAUGUCUUGCUAAUUUGCAUACAUGUUUUAACCUUGGUGGCUGUUGCAUAAUUAGAAUACUACCAUUUCAAGAAGAGGAAGCGCUGCAUUGGACCACAGUGUUUAGAUCUCCGUGUACUUAAAACAAAAAAAAACAUUGGGGGGAUUCAGAGUACACAAUAAAAAACAACCUGUAUAGUUAACGGCUGUUUCAUACUUAUUAUAUUAAUCUGUUCAUUGCCAGUAGUCAGUCAAUGGAUGAUGGUGGACUACAGGUGAGUUGUGCUAUAUUGUUUAAUUCCUCACUUUAGUAGCAUUUAUUUUUUAUUUAAAGAAAACACGGUGGCCCCUUUGUGUGAACUACCUCAAUGGUGACAUAACGUGUGAUGUUUAUAGGACCAAACUAGUAGUCCGACUUUAACAACCUGUUCUCAUGUGGAGGCAAGGGUCUCCAUUUUGGGCUAUUUUAAAGUGAAUUUAUUGACCUGUUAAAACUUUUUUUUUAUAGACAGAAGACGGUGUAUUAAAUUUUUUUCUACAUUGAAUUCUGUAUAGUAUUUAUUUUAAUUGUCUUUAGAAACAAUAAAGGUGUACCCUUUUUCACAGUGGAA